CGGCUUGGCUUUAGUGAGCAUCCGGUGUCUCUUCUCUAUCUUCUUACUGUCGACGUCGGUGUGAGGCCGUGUUCCUUAUUUCAAGAUGUAUAACAUUGUUUUCACCCUUACCGUAACUGUGUUGUUCUUUGGUUGUACGGCAUUGACGGACGAUGAGCAUGGAACAAUUUGCCCGAGUUUCACAGCGGAGGAUUUCACGAAACAGAUCUGGUCCAAACCUCACUUUAUUAUGUUUUAUGCACCCUGGUGUGGGCACUGCAAGAAGUUAGCACCCACGUUCGAUAAACUUGCCGAGAGUUACCUGGAGAAGGACAACCCUGAGGUAGUCAUCGCAAAGGUUGACUGUACUGUUGAGACAGCUCUUUGUUCGGAACAUGAUGUCUCCGGUUAUCCAACGGUAAAGCUCUUCCGACCGGAUGAGGAGGAGGCCUUGCGAUACAAAGGAGCCAGAGACCUGACAUCUUUGCAAGAAUUUCUUACUAUGAUUUUGACUACGGGUGAACAAGAGGAAAAGACUGACGAAGCAGAAGAUGCAGCAGGUACAUUGGAGCUCACCGACAAGACGAUACAGGCACACGUUGCCAAAGGAAAGCACUUUGUUAAGUUCUACGCACCGUGGUGCGGCCACUGCAAGCAGCUUGCUCCAACCUGGGAUGAGCUUGCUGAAUACUAUCAGAAAGAAGGAGGUGUCACGAUUGCCAAGGUGGACUGCACACAGUACCGCAGCGUGUGCAGCGAUUACUCUAUCCAAGGAUUCCCAACUCUACUAUGGAUCGCGGACGGCAAAGUCGUGGACACUUACAAGAAGCCGCGGGAUUUCGGCACGCUCACAGCCUACGCGAAUGCGAUGAAAUCUGCAGAGGCCCCGCCAGCAGGAGAGCAAGAGAAGAUACCUAAAGUUGAUGAGGAGGAGGGGCCAGUAAAGGGCCUACUCAUUCUCACGAAGAGUAAAAUUGAAGAGACGAUAGCCGAGGGCAAGUUCUUCAUCAUGUUCUAUGCGCCAUGGUGUGGCCACUGCAAGAGACUGACUCCAACUUGGAAUCAGCUGGCUGAGAAAUAUGAUGAAGAUAAAGAUGUCACUAUUGCUAAGAUUGACUGUACUGCUAACCAGCCAAUAUGCACACAAUUCAAGGUUUCUGGCUAUCCAACUCUUAUCUGGAUGGUUGAUGGGGAAUCUGUAAUGCGUUACUCAAAGGGGCGUGACAUCAACAGCCUCUCAGAGUUUGUUCAGAGCAUGAAGAACUUUGAUCCUACUAAGGCAGAAGAGGAAGCUGCCGCAGAAGCGAAGCCACCUCAGGCAGAAGAUGGUCUCUACCAACUUACUGAGGCAAACUUCAAAGAACAUGUGAAAGAAGGAAAUCACUUUGUGAAGUUCUAUGCACCAUGGUGUGGUCACUGCACAAGACUGGCCCCCAUCUGGCAAGAAUUAGCCACCCAGUUAAAGGAUGAUAAGACUGUCAGCAUAGCUAAGGUUGACUGUACAGAGCAUGCAACUAUAUGUGCAGAGUUCAGCGUGAGAAGCUACCCUACACUCUUAUGGUUAGAGAAUGGAGUUAAUGAGGCUGGAAAGUAUGACGGCGGUCGUACCUUGGAAUCUCUUCUUGCAUACGCCCGGAAGAUGUCAGGGCAGGGAGACAACGAGGAGGAGCUUGAAGAAAAAGAAGCCAGUGUGCCUGUGGAAGAAGUAAAGGAAAAAACAGAGUCUAAAGUGGUGAGCCUCACACUUGGCGAAUUCGAUACGGUCGUGGGCACCGGUACCACAUUUGUCAAGUUCUAUGCACCCUGGUGUGGCCAUUGCAAGACUCUCGCACCUAUUUGGGAUCAGCUAGCAGAGAAGUUGAGCCACCGAACCACGAUUAAGAUUGCCAAGCUGGACUGCACGCAGAAUAAAGAGUUGUGUGCAGAGCACGAGGUGCGUGGGUACCCAACACUGAAGCUGUUCCGCGACGGAAGGAUGGUAGAGGUAUAUCAGGGUCCACGCGCAGCUGACGCACUGCUAACGUUUGUCGAAGACUCCAUACCCCACGACGAACUAUAAGCUCCAGUCGCACGUACGGCGUUGUCGCCGGUCGGACAGCUCCUGCCCUGCGCUAUCGUUCACAUCUCUAUGGUGAUGCUGCUGGCCUCGUCUUGUGAUAGUGGUUAACGAAAUGGACGAAUUUUUUUUUGCCGGUUUUUUUUUUGCUCAUGGGGAGGGAUGGAGGGGGGGAGGUCGUGGUUGCACUGAUUCCGUGAAUGGAAUCGCUAACAGAAAUUAUUUUCGUCGUGGCAUUUCGUAGAAGAAACCCCUCUUUGGGAGAAACGUGAGCUGAGUGGCUGGUUUUUUAGGUGGAGUAUCGUUGUUACUGUUUUGAUCGUGGGGUGUCUGACGUGUCAAACAUGCGUGAGUUUCAGUAUUCUCUCCGGUUCUGUCCUAUCUAAAGUAAAUCUCGUGAAUUUUUACAGAACCGUUUAUAUAUUUUUGAUGUCAUGCUUUCCUUUUCUAAAUAGAAGUGUAAAAGCAUUCUCAAUCUUUGGGCAACUUUGUGGAGUCGUGUGCAUUCGCGUGCUGUUGGUGUGCUACUGUGGAUCUAUGAACAAAUGUAUAUUAUUAUCCCCGAGCAUACAUAAAUGCCUUAUUACUGGAUGCAGAUGGUAUUGUUUGGUUAUCGUUUUGUGGGUUGAUAUCACUUCUGUAUGUGACUACAAAUAGGGGGGGUUGGAGAUAUCAUUCCGCCAAGAGCUAAUAAUACGUUAUUAUAAUAAUUAUAGACUAUAUAUACGACCUUAUAUAUAGAGGUAUUAUUAGCUCUUGAUUCCGCCUAUAUACAUUCUCUUACUCAGAAGUUACUAGUGCACAUACAGUGAAUGUUCCCGAGACGUCACGUGACCGAUGACGUUUCCUAGUGUUCUCGGUUACCUCAUCUCAGGUUGAAUUGGUCUGCGGGAGAUUGAUCUGUCUAUAGUUAAAUAGCUGAUGUACUAUAUAAUAAUACAAUAAAAUGUUGAUUAAAAUCUAA